AUGGAAAGUAACAUAGGAACAGAAAAACAUGAUUGGUAUGAACAUAAUUGUGAAGCUUAUUUCAAGAAAUGUUUUGGGUCUGUAAUAAAAGAAGGAGAAGAUAAUGAAAUUAUGAAAAAAGUUACAUUUUUGAAGGAUAAUAUUAUGAUUAAAAAAAUAGAAUUAAAUAAACAGAUAAAUGAAGAAACACAAAAUCUUAAAGAAAGAAUGAAACAUUUAAAAAUACAUACAGAUGAUAUUGUAAAAGAACUUUUUGAUAUGGACAUAAUAAAUAAAAAGAAACAAAAAAAAAAAAAUAUGAACAGGUCAGGCAAAAAAGAUGAUAAAAAUGAAAGAUUUGAAAAAAUAUAUAAUAUGGAUGAUGACAAUGUAAAGAAAGAAAAUAAAAUGGAUAAAGGUUGUUUACAUUUUCCUUUUCCUUCUUCUGAUUCUUUAAUAAAAAAUGAUGAUAAUAAAUAUAUAGAAGAUAAUAAUAAUAUAGAUAAGUUAUAUGAAAAUAUGAAUGAUAAGAUAAAAGACGAGACAUAUAAUUCUAGCGAUGUGUGUAGUGAGGAUGAAUAUUUUGAAGAGGAAGAAUUACAUAAUAUGAAUUUUGAGAACUUGUUAAAAAAAUGUAUUGAAGAGAAGAAAAGAUUAGAAAAUAUAAAGAGAGGGUUAACAUUUUUAAAAUGUUAUCCAAUGAUAAAGAAUGAAAUCAAUGAAUUAUUUUUAACAUCAUAUAAUAUAAAAUUAAAUAUUGAAGAAAAAAUAAAGAAUAUAAAAUUAUUACAUAAGCAUUUAAUAUAUAUUAACGAAAAUGAAGAUAUAAUUAAUUAUAUUAAAACAUCAUGUUCUCAUGACAUAUCUUUAUAUACAAAUAAAUUCUUUAAUGAUUUCUUUUUUAUAAUAAACGAUAUAUUAUCUAUAUAUAUCAUAGAAAAUACACAUAUCCCAAAUAAUGGUAUAUUAAAAAUAUUUGUAGAUUUAUAUGACAUAUAUUUGAGUUUUCUAUCAAAAAAAACAACAAAUUAUACAUCUGAAUUCUUAAUCAAUGAAUUAAUAAAAAAAAUGGUUCAUUUUAUAAUCUUAAAUUUUACAAAAACGUUUCUUAAAUUUGUACAAUCAGAUGAACAUAUCCUUUUAUAUAACGCCAUAAUUAAUUAUUACGAGUAUUUCAUUACAUUUAUUGAUGAAAGAAGUGAUACCAUGCAAAAUAUAAUUGUAAAUAUUAUAUACAUAGUAUAUAAUAUGGAACAAAAUAAAUUACGUACACAGCAUGGAUUUGAUGUGAAGAAGGAAAAAAAAAUAAUAAAUAAUAACAAAAGGAAUGAUAAUUAUAAUAAUUAUAAUAAUUAUAAUAAUUAUCAUGAUGAGGAUAAGUCUGUUGUCGUAAGAGAAACCGGGGAAAUAUUUAAUGAUGUCAAUUUGUAUAAUUUAACUUUUGAGCAACAAAAAAUGGACGAUGAUAAAAAUAAAAAUACCCAAACAUACAAAUAUGGUAAUAAAGAUAUGGAUAAUAAGGAGAAUAGUAAAGUAUAUAAAUAUUAUUUAUAUGAUGGUAAUGAUGAUGAUAAUAAUAUGAAACCAGAAUGUGAUUCAAAUUUGACAACGCUCCAAAAAAAUUAUAAGAAUAAUAAAUAUGGUUGUAGCCAAGAUAUUAGAGAUAAUUAUGUAGAUUUCUUUUAUAUAAACCUUUUUGUGGAGAGCAUACAUGUUAUAUGUAAUUAUAUAGAAGAUUCAGAGAUUAUAAUGAACAUAAUAAAUGAAUCUUCUAAUAUGAAUGAAAAGAAUAUACUCUAUCAAAAUGUAGACGAGAAUAUUAUUAAUGAUAAAAAUAUAAAUUAUAAGAAAACAACCAAAAAAAAUUUUAUACAUAAUAUUAUGGAAUCAUUAAAAGUUAGUUUACAAACAUUAUGUAAUAGUUCAUUUUUUAUUUCGAAAAAAAAAAUAUUUAAUAACGUUUUAAAAGAAUGUUCUUUUAUAAACAAAUGUAUAGUUGAUGAAUAUUUAAUAAGUAUAAUAAAUUAUGUAUCUUUUGAUUUGAAUGUAUUUGUAAAUAUAAAUUUAAAAGUAAAUCAUUUUGAUCGUACAAAUUUUAUUUCAGAAAAUAAAUUGUUUUUAUUCUUCUCAGAAAUUCAAAAUGAUAUAAAGAAUAUAAUAGAAAAGAAAUGCAAUGAACUUAAUAAUAAGGAUAUAUUCCAUUCCUAUUUUUUUUCGUUUGUUCUUUAUUUUUCUUUUAUAUAUAAACAUGAUACAGAAUUUUUAUUAUUAUAUAUUAAUAUGUAUAAUAUUUUGUAUGAAAUUAUAUAUAAUAUAAAGGAAGAAAUCAAAACAAAAAAAAAAUCAAAACAACCGAACAGUGGUGAUCAUAAUAAUGAUAAUAAUAAUUAUGAUAAUAUGAACUACCUAUCAAUACAAAUGAAAGAAGAUUUUUAUAAAUCGAAUGAAGUAUGUGAAUAUGUUAAAAAUAUUAUAACCAUAUUUCUUAAAUCUUUAAACAUAUUCAACAAUAUUAUAAAUGAUUAUGAAUCAUUUGGUGCUUAUCUUUUUGAAAAGACUUAUGCUACAUACAAGUCUAAAAACGUUUUUAAUAUUAUAUCAAAAUGUAUGAUCGAAAAAAACGAUCAUAUAUUUAAUUAUCCGCAUAAGAUAGAUAAAAAUAUUUGUCAAAUACAUCAAUACUUUUUUAAGCACACAUUUCCAAAAAAAAAUUUAAAUGAACAAGAAAAUAAAAAUAUGAAUGAAGAAGAAAAUAAACGUAUGAAUGAACAAGAAAAUAAAAGUAUGAAUGAACAAGAAAAUAAAAGUAUGAAUGAACAAGAAAAUAAAAGUAUGAAUGAACAAGAAAAUAAAAGUAUGAAUGAUCAAGGUGAACAGAGAAAUGAUUAUGUCAAAAAUGAUGAUGAAAUAAUUGAUGGGGAAGAUAAUAAUCAAACAUAUAGCCAACAUUCCACAGAUAAUCAUACAAACAAAAAUAAAGGGCAUAAGAAUGAUAAUAUAUCUUCAAAUAAAAACAUUACAGAUAUUUUUUCAGACUUGUCUUUAAACAUAGAAGAUAUAGAUACACAUGAAUGUGGAAAACAACUUUUAAAAUCUUCGUUAUGUAAAUUGAAUGAAAUAAAAAAUACAAUUCUGAAGAAUAUUAUUCACUUUACAUUAAUUCCAAUAUAUGAUUAUAUUAAUAAAUAUAUAAAUAGUUUCAUAACAUAUUAUAAAAAUAAUCAAGUAAAAGACAUAAAAGAAAAUAUAAAAAAUAAUAAUAUAGAUAUACAUGAAAGGGGAAAUCAUAAAGAACCAAAUGAAUAUAUUUGUUUUAUUGUAGACACUAUUUUUAUUUAUAUGGAAAUAUUAUAUGAACAUAAAUGUGAAGAUUUAUUAGAACAACUUUUAUUACUCUUUGAAGAAAAUUAUGUUCUUUCUAUACAUAAUUUAAAAGAUAUAAAUACACAUAUCCUUUUACAAAUACAAACAGAUUUACAAUAUUUAAUAAAUAUUUAUAAAAAGUUCGAAAAUAAAAAUUAUAAGCAUUUCUUAAUCCUUUAUAUUUCUAUAUCCUUCUCUCUAACAAAUACAGAUGUGACAAAUUUACAAAUAUCUUUUGAGAAAUAUAUAAAUGACUACAUAAGGAUCGAAUAUAAUUCUACACUUCUUAAUUUUAAUAUAAAUAAUGAUGAUAUAUUAAAAGCUACAUCGUAUGUCAAGCAAUUAAUAACAUAA